AUGGCACCGGCGUCACCGUACACUCUGAGAUGGGGCAUCAUAGCCACGGGCGGGAUCGCCGAGGUCUUUUGCAAGGAUCUGCUCACGGAUCCCGCCUGCAGAGAGGUUUACGAUGUCCGCCAUGAAAUCGUCGCCGUCUCGUCCUCGAGCUCCGUGGACCGGGCCACCCAAUUCGUCACCAAGAUAGACGGCCCCUCGUCCAUCAAAGCCUACGGGUCGUAUGCGGAGCUCGUGGCUGACCCCCAGGUAGACAUUGUCUAUGUUGCCACCCCCCAUAGCCACCAUUUCCAGAAUGCCAUGCUGGCCUUGCACGCCGGCAAGCAUGUCCUAUGUGAAAAGUCUCUCACCGUCACCGCCGCCCAAGCCAAGACCCUCGUGGACACGGCCAGCGCCAAGGGACUCUUCCUCCUCGACGCCGCCUGGAUCCGGUUCUUUCCCCUCAGCAUCAAGAUUCGCGAGAUGAUCGCAGCCGGUGAUAUUGGCUCCGUCCAUCGCACAGUUGCCGACCUGUCUCUCAACGAGACCAAUGGCAGAGACGAUGGCACCGUUGGGCUGGCGGAUUCGCAUCGCCUCGUCAACAAAGACUUGGCGGGAGGGGCGCUGCUGGAUCUGGGCGUUUACGCCUUGACUUGGGUCUUCCAGACGCUCUAUCACCAAGCGCCUCAGAGGGAGUCGCCUCGGGUCAUGGCCUCCGUGAUUCAGAGCGUCGGCAUUGCGACCGCGUCCAUGCUCGUCGCCACCAAUCCCGACGGCAGCAACAGCGCGCCAGCCGUCCGGAUCCAGGGCUCCAGGGGCGAGAUCCAAGUCUCCCACCCGGCCUACCGACCGACUGAGUUCAAGGUCAUCAAGGAGGGCAGAGGUGGCAAUAUUGAUGUGGUUGACUGCCCCAUCCCCAAGGACCCGAAGCGCGACUGGGGUCACGGCAUGUUCUGGGAGGCGGACGAGUGCGCGCGCUGCCUCAGGGACGGCAAGAUGGAGAGCGACACGCUUCCGUGGUCGGAGAGCCUUGCGAUUAUGGAGACGAUGGAGUCGGUCCUCAAGCAAGGACGUGUCGAGUAUCCGGAGCUCAUCACGACCAACGUCUUUGACGAAAAGAGCCCGCUCAACACGGGAAGGCAAUGA